CGAACAAAAACGUUAGGCCUUGCAUUGCAUGGCUGGGUAGGAAAGGACGUUAAUCCUGUUUAUCAAGCCCGAAAGGGUUUCUCCCGCAUCAAGCGGAAAAGAAUUGGGCCUUGACAUUGGCCUAGGCUUAUACCAUUAAAGACUGGCAAAUCAAUGUACGUUUUCUGCAAUAAAACUCACAUAACCUAUUUCAGUCUGUAUAACAUUGGAAGCGUUUUGGCGAUACAUUGUAUGAGAAGAACAAUCUAAGUAUUUAGGUCUGAAAGGAAAACAAAUCAGAUCUGCACUUUUUUAUGAUUUGAUAAAUGAUGGCGCAAACAAGGUACUAACUAGGUAGCCUAAGCCUAAGCCCAUACUACAUGGCGAGGGAGGGAAGUACAGAAACAGUGUCAGUGGAAGAUGUAGCAGGUCUGGUAGUUGUAGAAACGUCAAAUACAGACAUUGAAUUUGAAUCGUUCGGAAACUUGCGAACUUUUCAUUCUAGCUCAACAGAUGAUGAAGAUCUUCAAAACCAGAAGGUAUACAUCAGAGGUCAUGAAAGGAGUGUAGAACAAGCUGAUGUCCCUGUUGGCACACCAUCUGGUAACUUUCCGCUUAUUCCUGAAGACUACUUGUCAUCCUUAAUGCAUCCUUCAGAAGAGCAUGUCAGCAGACCAACAAGUCUACAAAUCCAGAAGAAAAGACAUAGAGAUCGACUGCGUAAGAGAGAACUAAGGUUAAAUGUUGAUUACAAGAAAAAAGAUAGAGCUGGAGCCAGACUGAGAAUGAAGAAACGAAGAAAAGAUCCAGUUUACCGAUCCAUCGAAAGAGAAAAGGACAGAACACGACGCCAGAAAGCACGGCAACUCCAGAAAUUAGCCGACUCCAAAAAUAAUGGAAACAACGUUCUGGAAAACAUACAGGAAAGGGAUGGGAAUAUGCAGAGUGAUGCUAUAUGAUAUUGAAUAUAAUUACAGUACUAGGGAUUCCAAAAGGGGUGCAUGUGUGGCAAAAGUACUAGAUCGCAGGGGUGGCGCCAGGAUUUGCCCGACGGGGAGGCCGAGGUCCCCGACGGGGGGCCCGAUGCCCCGACGAGGGGUCAGAUUUCCCCGACGAAACUAAAGUGGGCGUAGUCGAGCUUCGAUUAAAAGGUUUCAAAGAUGGUCCUGGGGGGGCGAAGCCCCAGAAAACUUCGACAAUUUAGGGGUUUCAAAAGCUUAUUUAAUCGAUUUUAGAGUCUACUAAUAUGUAGAAAAUACAUAUAAUUUUUUUUCUCCCUGACGAAUUGUGCUUUUUCUCCCCAACAGGGAGGCCAGCU